AUGACAGGCCGCCUCGCCAACAAGGUCGCCAUCAUAACCGGCGCCUCAUCCGGCAUCGGGCGCGCGACGGCCCUUUUGAUGGCGCGCGAGGGCGCCGCCGUGGUGUGCAGCGACAUCCGGCAAGGGCCGCCGACGGACCCCAACGGCGACAGUGGCGGCUUCAACAUGUGCACGCACGAGGAGAUCCAGCAGCAGCCGGGCGGGCGGGCCGUCUUUGUACCAUGCGACACGUCGGACUCGGCGCAGGUUCAGGCGCUGAUCAAGGCGGCCGUGGCCGAGUUUGGCCGCCUCGACAUCAUGUUCAACAACGCCGGCGUCGGCAAGGAAGGCGCCAAGUACCCCAACACCAUGAUUUGGGAGUACGACGAGGACGAUUUCGACGAGACCAUGGCGGUCAACGUCAAGGGGGUGUUUUUGGGUUGUAAAUACGCCGCCGCGCAGAUGAAGGACCAGGAGCCGCUCGUGCCCGGUGGUGAUCGCGGUUGGAUUGUUAAUACCGGGUCCAUCAUGGCGGCCAAUGCCAUGAAGGGUGUUUCGGCCUAUGCGGCCUCGAAGCAUGCGGUCUUGGGUAUCACCAAGGCAGCCGCUUUGGAUUGUGCGCCUUUUAACAUUCAUGUCAACGCGGUAAACCCUGGCUUCGUCAGAACAACAAUGACAGAUAAAAUGUUGGCUGAUAGCGCUGGCGGUGAGGCCUUGGCUGCGCUACACCCACUCAAGGGCGUGGGCAAAGUCGAGUAUAUAGCCAAGGCGGUUUUGUUUCUUGUCAGCGAGGAUGCGUCCUGGAUCACGGGCGAGGGCCUUUGCGUCGAUGGUGGAUUUAAUGCAAUGUGAAAGAAAAGUGAUAAUCAGGUCAGCAGUGGUGGAUAGAGAAGAUAGAUCGUACACUGUAAUUAAAA